GCGGCCGGGCGCGGGGACCUGCGACGCCACCGCCAGAACCAUGACGGACGCCAGCAGCAGGAAAGAGGGCUUCAAAAAAUGCCGGAGCGCCACGUUCAGCAUCGAUGGCUACAGCUUCACCAUCGUUGCAAAUGAAGCUGGAGACAAGACUGCCAGACCACUUGCCCGCUUCUCCCGGUCUAAGUCACAAAACUGUCUGUGGAACUCCCUCAUUGACGGGCUCACGGGGAAUGUCAAGGAGAAGCCACGGCCAACGAUUGUCCAGGACCCUCGACCCCCGGAGGAAAUCCUGGCCGAUGAACUGCCUCAGCUUGAUAGCCCCGAAGCCUUGGUGAAGACAUCCUUCAGGUUACGGUCUUUGGUCAAACAAUUAGAGAGAGGGGAGGCUUCAGUGGUAGAUCUCAAGAAGAAUUUGGAAUAUGCAGCCACAGUGCUUGAAUCUGUAUACAUUGAUGAAACCAGGCGACUCCUGGAUACGGAGGAUGAGCUCAGUGACAUUCAGUCAGAUGCGGUGCCUUCUGAGGUCCGAGACUGGCUGGCCUCCACCUUCACGCGGCAGAUGGGGAUGAUGCUGAGGCGGAGCGAGGAGAAGCCACGGUUCAAGAGCAUCGUGCAUGCAGUGCAGGCUGGGAUAUUUGUGGAGAGAAUGUAUAGACGGACAUCGAACAUGGUUGGGCUGAGCUAUCCACCAGCUGUUAUUGAAGCAUUAAAGGAUGUGGACAAGUGGUCCUUUGAUGUCUUUUCCCUCAAUGAAGCCAGUGGGGAUCACGCACUGAAAUUCAUUUUCUAUGAAUUACUCACGCGUUAUGAUCUGAUCAGCCGUUUCAAGAUCCCCAUUUCUGCACUUGUUUCGUUUGUGGAGGCCCUGGAAGUAGGCUACAGCAAGCAUAAAAAUCCUUACCACAAUUUAAUGCAUGCCGCCGAUGUUACACAGACAGUGCAUUACCUCCUCUAUAAGACAGGAGUAGCGAACUGGCUGACGGAGCUGGAGAUUUUUGCUAUAAUCUUCUCAGCUGCCAUCCAUGACUAUGAGCACACCGGAACCACCAACAAUUUCCACAUUCAGACCCGGUCCGACCCAGCUAUUCUGUACAAUGAUAGGUCUGUAUUGGAAAAUCACCAUUUAAGUGCAGCUUAUCGGCUUCUUCAAGAGGAUGAAGAAAUGAAUAUUUUGAUCAACCUCUCAAAGGAUGACUGGAGGGAAUUUCGGACCUUGGUAAUUGAGAUGGUGAUGGCCACCGAUAUGUCCUGUCAUUUCCAACAAAUCAAAGCGAUGAAAACUGCUCUGCAGCAGCCAGAAGCAAUUGAGAAGCCAAAAGCAUUAUCCCUGAUGUUGCACACAGCAGACAUUAGCCAUCCAGCAAAAGCAUGGGAUCUCCAUCAUCGCUGGACCAUGUCACUCCUGGAGGAAUUCUUUAGACAGGGUGACAGAGAAGCAGAGCUGGGGCUGCCUUUUUCUCCUCUAUGUGACCGAAAGUCGACCAUGGUUGCCCAGUCCCAAGUAGGUUUUAUUGAUUUCAUCGUGGAGCCCACCUUCACCGUGCUCACGGACAUGACUGAGAAGAUUGUGAGUCCGUUAAUUGAUGAAACUUCCCAAACUGCUGGGACUGGACAGAGGCGUUCAAGUUUGAACAGUAUCAGUUCGACGGAAGCAAAGCGAUCGGGUGUCAAGAGCGCCGGCUCAGAAGGAAACGCCCCGAUCAACAAUUCCGUCAUCCCUGUUGACUACAAGAGUUUUAAAGCCACUUGGACUGAGGUGGUGCACGUCAAUCGGGAGCGAUGGAGGGCCAAGGUGCCCAAAGAGGAGAAGGCCAAGAAGGAAGCGGAGGAGAAGGCUCGCCUGGCUGCGGAAGAGAAGCAAAAAGAAAUGGAAGCCAAAAAGCAAGCUGAGGAAGAUGCAUCAGGCAAAGCUCCGAGUCAAGUCGGUGGAACGCGCCCAAACAAAAGUGACAACCCUCGUGGGAAAAACUCCAAAGCCGGGAAGUCAUCAGGAGAAAAGCAACAGAAUGGUGACUUGAAAGAUGGUAAAAAUAAAGCAGACAAGAAGGAUCAAUCUAAUGUCGGAAAUGAUUCAAAGAAAACAGAUGGCACAAAGAAGCGUUCUCACGGCUCGCCGGCCCCAAGCACUGGCUCCACAAGUCGCCUCACCUUGCCAGUCAUCAAGCCUCCUCUGCGGCACUUUAAACGCCCUGCUUAUGCAUCUAGCUCCUAUGCACCUUCGGUCCCAAAGAAGACUGAAGAGCAUCCUGCAAGGUACAAGAUGCUGGAUCAGAGAAUCAAAAUGAAAAAGAUUCAGAACAUCUCACAUAACUGGAACAGAAAAUAAUAGGUCAAGGGGAAGAGAGGGAGUGAAGGAAAGAGAGGCCCCCUCACCUGCCUCUCACCGCUCACCGGCUGCAGUGGGAUUGUCUCUAACACCCCCGGGAGCCUGUGGGGCUGUGCAAUCAAUGGUCUGCCCAUGAGGGCAAAGCGAAGGCUGUAUUUGAUUUUCCCCUUUGUUGUUCUGUUAUAGACUUAUCAGUUGCUAGAUUUGGGGGUCAAUGCAGACUCCAGUAGCAAACCAGUAAGAGGGUUGUCUCAUGUGGCUUUUAUUGGCAUAUAUCUUCCAAAGUCUAAAUUAGAUCAAAAUUAAAAUGAUACGACCUAUUCAGAAAAAAUGAAAUACCUCUCAUUGACACUAUUUUUAUCCCUGGAAUUUGACCUGCUCCCAUAACACUCUUAGUUUAAUAAUCAUCAUAUUUAAGAAAUGCACUUCUAAAAACAUCUUUUCAAUUUUAAAUGCAAUAUUUAAAAUUCAAGUAAACACAGGACUUUCAAAGUAAAUACACUCAAAACAAAAGUUGUGCUUCUGAAUGUAACAAUCUUAAAGGGAAAAGAAGACUGAUGAAUCAUUGUGUUUAUAGAUAUUUCUGAACUCAGGCUUCACAAAGCAGAUCCAAAUUAAAACUAAAGCCCCUUGUUCUGGUUCUUACUGUGUGCUUCAGGCCUAAUAGAUUUACUUAAGACCAUGAAAGUCUGUAGGAGGCGUGUUUUGGUUCUGCGUUCCUCUAAUUCUUCACUUUCACUCACAGUAGACAAAGCUAGAAAUCGAUGAGAUGCUCACGCCUCAGAGAUUCUGAGUUCUGGGGCAGGAGGGUGUAAAAUGCUGAACCUCAUUUGAAUUCCUUAUUUGAAGAUUUUUUUUUGCCAUAAGAUUGGAGAUGCCUUUAAGUUUAAUUUCAGAUCAUCUUCCUAACUGGUCACGUAUAUAAGUUUCAAACGCCAGAAACAGCGUUUGAUCCCUUCAGAAAUGGCCUGAUGCAGUGGAAAACUUUACGCUUGUUGUUACGCAGAUCUGAUCUCCAGUCCUGUCCUGUGUAUAACGAGUUGCAGGUCCUCGGUCUGAUGGCAUAAUCUUUGAAAGCUUUGCUUAACUAGAAAGUGGGAUUCAUAAUGUCCACUGUGCCUUUUGUGAUGACGGUUAAGGUAAUAUCAAUUCUAAUUGAUAUUGCUGAGCUUGAAAAGUGAUGGGGUCCAACAGAUGGAGCUAGGAGGAUUUUACAUCUAGGAAAAACUCUCCAGGUUCCCCCUCCCUAAAUACGCUCAUACAAAGAACAGACUGUGCCCUGAUGCCACAGCCUUUGGGGUCUGAGUGUAAAGGGUUUCGGGUCCUCUUCUUUCAUUCUUCAUAGUUCAUUUUCAGUAAACUACGGUUAUGCAAUUGAGCCAGUUCCGGAGUUUAGUGCCCAUCCUGCUAUUGAGCAAAUCAUUUAUAAUAUGCUUUGUGAUGGUAUCUCAGAGAAAUUUAAGUACUAUACAAAAAGGAAAAUAACUGUGACUUUGUGAGUGAAGCAAUUGUAAUUCUUAGCUCCCUGCUCAGUGCCUGAGCAAAAGGACCCUUUUGCUGAUAGCUUCUUUUCCACCUGGAUUAGGCUAACUCAAUGGGUAACUUCUGCCUGUUCAUAUACAGAUACCUUAGUGCUUUCUGCAUAGAGAUAUCUGGCCACACAAUGAAACUGCCCACGAGGUGGUGGCUGCCUUGCUACUCAAUGGAUUCUGGAGGAAAAAGGGGGUGCUGUAACAUAUCUAACUGAAAGUAACCUCGCAGGGUGAUCUGAUCAUAAUUCCUAACUGGACAGGUCAUGGUGGAUAGUCAUGCUCCAGGCACAUACUUCUUUAGUAAAAGGCUUAUCUUUACCUUAAGUAAGCCCUGUCUAUUGUUUUUGUGCAUCUAGGUUAACACACCUUUGAAAUGUCUUUUUCAGACCCCUCCGAAGGUAACCACCCACAAGAGGGCACACAAUCUCGUUAACUAGCCUGUAAUCCACUCUCGGCCUUGCUUUGUCCCACCUUCAUGUAAUUUUCCUCACUGCUCUCCUUAAUUCUAGACACACAAAAGAAACUGCAAACUGUCAUUCUGGGAAGCCUUGUUCUCAGUCUGUUGAUAUCUGCUUCCAGGCGCAUCCUCUGCUUGGCUCAAAUAAACUCAUAAAAAAUUUUUAGAAAAGUAAUUGUCGACAUAAUGUUCAAAGCUAUGGAAAAAUUUUAUGAGUUCUUAUAGCAAAGAAUCAGCCCACGAAUAAUGUCCCUCAUCUAAUCCUCAAUACCUUCAGUCUUAGGUACUGAGACUUCAGUGUGGCUGUGUUUUCUUCUCUGCGCAUCUUGAUAUUGGAAACUGUGAACCUGGAGAAAAAAUUUGGCUCCCUCUGUAUUCUUUUACUCCAAGAUGUUAUUUUUUUCAAUCUUUGCUAAUAUUUUAAUUGAGCAAAUGCACAGAUAUCAAGAUUCUGCAUUGCUUGUAAAAUGCCUACCAUGUUAUUUGCAUGAUGGAUUGUAUA